CCCUCCAUCCCUCCUCUCUCUCUCUUUCCCUUCCUCAACUCCGAAAAAGUCUUGUCCUCCGUACAUCAACCCAACAUCCAUACAUCAUCUUGUACCUUUCUUCUACCUUUUCGCAGUCCAUUUAGAUUCUGUCACACUCUUGUUCAACAGCACGACUCAGUCUUACAGCAACCCAAUUUCAAGAGCAAUCGUUGCAAAAAUUGUACUUCGACUUGUUCAUCAAUUCCAAUUCAGUGUCGACAUGGCUUCAUACACUCCCACCAUCCUCUUCUUGUCCGCUCAGGAGCUUGAGCAGAUCUGCCUCUUCGUCAAAUGUGCCUCUCUUGCUCAGAAGCUCUCCGCUCUCAACAUCACUCAUGGCGCCACUCUCAUGACUAUGGGUCCUGAUCCUGCUGAACGCCUUCUCUCUAUGUUCGAGGGCGCUGCCAAGGAAACACUCUCUCGCCACAUCAAGGAUCCCACCCAGACUUCAACCUUCUCUCUCAUCCAAUCCAUUCCUCUCGACCGCAACCAACGCAGAGAAAUUCACAAUCUCAUCCGCCAGCUUUCAAAGGGCACGCUCGACUCUGGUCUCGAUCACAAGACCUCUCGCAUCAACGUCUACUUGAGAGGCACUGGUUCUUCGUACCACAAGCCGGAAACCCAACGCCCUCGUUUCCCUCAAAAGAUCGCUCCUCGCACUGCUGGACCUCGCAAUGUCGCACCUCGCAAUGUCGCACCUCGUGCCGGUUUCGCCACUAGAAGCGUCGUCGCCCCUCGUGCCGGUUUCGCCACUAGAAGCGUCAUCGCCCCUCGCGCAGCACCUUCGAUCAUUCUCAAAGCCGAGCAACAGCAGAAGCUUGACGCCUGGAACAAGGCAGCUGCUGAGCAGACCGCUCUCAACCUGGCUGCUCGUGCUGAAGCCAAAGCUGCUCCACCCAUGACCGACUUCAAAGAGAUGGACUGGGUUGCCAACGAGACUUUCAAGUGUACCGCCAAGCCUCAGGAGGAGGAAAGCGCAGAGGUGGUUGCUGAGCGCGCCGAACGCAAGAAGAACGCUGUUCCUCCUCACAUGCGUCGCGCUGCAGCCAAGAAGGAGUAGUUGGACAGUUAUGAUGGGAAAUGAUUAGUUUAAUGAUCCGCUUUGCUUGUUUCUUUUCUGUUUUUCUCGUCUCGCUCGAUACCCAUGAAUAUUACAAUCAGUCUGCUUUUGAAACUCUUCUUCUUCUGUCCUGCUGUGGAAUUAAUAGCUAUCACGAAUUCACAAUGCAAGGCACUUCCGCCCAACCACGAACUUCGAGCGAUAGUGAUGUUUUCACAAGCUCUCAAUGGACA